UGCGGCGGGAACUACCGCUGGAGCGGGGGGGAACUGCCGCUGGAACAUCCGGGGCUGCGCGGGAAACUACCGCUGGAACAUCCGGGGCUAGGCGGGGAACUACCGCUGGAACAUCCGGGGCUAGGCGGGGAACUACCGCUGGGGCGGCGGGAAGCACCGCUCCCCGCUGGAGCAUCCGGGGGUGCGGCGGGGACUACCGCUCCCGGGGACCCCGGCGCCCCACGGGGCGCAGCAUGGAGAGCCCCGCGGUGACCUUCACGCUGGCCUACCUGGUGUUCGCUGUGUGCUUCGUGUUCCCGCCCGACGAGGUGCGCUCGGCGGGGCUGACGGUGCAGAGCCUGCUGUCCGGCUGGCUGGGCAGCGAGGACGCGGCCUUCGUGCAGUACCACCUGCGGCGCAGCACCGGCACGCUGCUGGCGCACUCCCUGCUGCCCCUGGGUUAUUACCUUGGUAUGUGCUUUGCUGCACCUGAAAAACAUCUUUGUUUUUUCUACCUGGCUUCAAAAGAGUGGAAAACUUUCUUCUUCUUCGCCGUUCUCCUCCCAGCAGUCACCAGUGCCCUGGCAUAUUACUGGUCACGGAAAGGCUGGAAUAAUCACCCGCUAGCCCGGACACUCGCUGUUCACGCUCUCCCGCAGUCGGGUUGGAGGGCAGUAGCUUCUUCCAUCAACACAGAAUUUAGGAGAAUCGAUAAAUUCGCUACCGGAGCUCCAGGAGCGAGGGUGAUCGUUACGGACACGUGGGUGAUUAAAGUGACCACCUACUGUUUACAUGUUGCCCAGCAGCAGGACAUUCACCUGACGGUGACAGAUUCCAGACAGCACGAGCUCACCCCAGACUCCAACGUGCCUGUGCAGUUCCUCACCAUCCGAGUUGCCAGUGUUAAUCCCUACAUCAAGGCAUUCGAUAUCAGGUUGAACUCCACAGAGUAUGGGGAGCUCCGGGAGAAGCUCCGUGCUCCUAUCAGCAAUGCAGCUAAUGUUGUGAUCCAUCAAAGCCUUAGUGAUUUAUUUUUAGAAACCUUUACAUCUCUGGUGGAAAUAAACCAGACAUACCAUAUUCCAAGUACUCAGGAGCUGGAGCCAUGCAUAGGGUGUAUGCAGACUAUUGCCAACAUCAAGCUCAUCAAGAACUGCCAGGAGCCAAACGAGGGGGAAUGCCAGCAGUGCUACUGCCGGCCCAUGUGGUGCCUCACCUGCAUGGGCAAGUGGUUUGCCAGCAGACAGGACCAGCAGCACCCAGAGACCUGGCUGUCGAGCCAAGUGCCUUGCCCGACUUGCCGAGCCAAAUUUUGCAUUCUAGAUGUUUGCCUAAUACGAUGAGUAGUAACCUGGGUAUGUUUUUACUUUUUUAAUUUGACUAUUUCAUAAUGGGUUUGAUUAAAGGCCUGCUAGAUCUCUUUCUGAGACUUCAUGUUCUACCAGGGUACAAACUCUAAAAGUUUCUUUUACAGUGUUGAAAACAGAUGUAAAUCUUUUCAGUUCCUUUCCACUUUUACCUGUAACUGUGGAUUUUAUUCACCUGAUGUCAGCUUCUGGAUUUUAAUUUUGUUUAAACCCGUUUUCUUUUCUUACAUUUUGGAUGGAAUAAGGUUAUCCUUCUAUAUUUGCAGUACUGUUGUUUUUUCAGGUUUUAACGUAGGUUGAAUUCUUUACAUUUUUAAAUUUAUCUUGGGUUUUGAUUCUUUAAUAAAGGGCUAACUGAGAAAAUUGUUUUGAUUAGACUUCAUUGAUGCUUUUGUUAUUCUUUAAUCCAGUUGUAAAGUUAAAUUCUCAAAGUAAUCUGACAUGCCUCCAGUGUUUGUGAGCUUCUUAAAGACUGUGUUAGAGAAACAACUUGUUAAAAAUUCUUAUGAACAUGAAAAUAAUAGGGAACAAAAAUAGACAUUUGUCUUUGUGAUAGCUUCAGAUUAGCAUCCAAAGAGCCACAUGCAUAUAUAUGGUCAUUUCUAGAGAAGAUCCUCUGUUUGCAGUAAAGAACACACCACUGCCUCCCACACAAUCUUGAUGCAUUUCUUAAACAAGAGGAUAGGGUUUAGAAUAAGUUUUCUUACAGCAUUUUGUGAAAACAACAAACCAAGAGAAAAAAAACCCCAAGUAAUGCAAGUGGCUAGACUAUUUACUGAACUUUUUUUUUAUUAUUGUGUGUAAAUCACUAAUAGUGAUUUAGUUUUGCAUUUCCAGCUGUGUGUAUGCUUUUCCACAUCACUGACUUGUGGGUGGGCAGUGUUAGUAAUCUGAGGUAUAUUAUAUACAUGUGAUGUCAUUAAACUAAAGACAGUCUGUGGGUGGACUCUGUCAGUUUAAGUAUUCCAUAGGAGUGUAUCAUGUAUACCUCAAAUUUCCCAGUUUGGUGCAGGUCAACAGGUCUUUCAGAACAUGAGUCACACCUAUAUUAUUUAUUUCUCCAGCUGUAUUAGUUCUGUAAUUGCAGUGUUCCAGAAGAUAUUGGGGAAAAUGUUAUCUGUUGUUUUUUUUUAGGUUAACAUAAUUUGUCAACCCAAAAAAGACUUUUUUCCAACCAGGAGAUACUUUUAAUCCUUUACAUGAGUACAGUUUUUCUACCGUGAGGUUUGGCAUAGCUUGAAACCAAAAUACAAAGUUAUCAUGUGAUUUCUGCAGUGUGACUGUUUUUAUUGUGUUGAAACUGGACCAAGUUGCCCAGAAAAGUGGCUGCCACAUUCUUGGAAGUUCUAAAAGGACUGAACAGGACUUUGAGCAACCUGAUCUGGUGGAAAGUGUCCCUGCCCAUGGCAGAGAGUUAGAACUGGAUGAUCUUUAAGGGCCUUUCCAACUCAAACCUUUCUCUAAUAUUGCUAAACUUGCUAAACUGCAGCUAAGCACCAUUCCAGUCAAGACAAACCUCAGUAAGACUGAGGUUCUCAGUGCCAUUUUUAAAGAAAUGUUUGUUGACUUUGAGCUGUUUAAGGACUUGAGAUAUAAAUACUCAAGCUCAUACACAAAUUACAAAACAUUUUCUUCCAAAGACAUUCUGCAGGAUUUAUUAUUUGUGGUUUUUGAGGUUGGUGUUUUUUGUUUGUUUUUUUUUGCUAGACAGCUUACCUGUUUAAAAUGAACAGUUUUAUUUGGAUAGCCCUUAAGGAAAAGGCUUAAUGAAUACAUGCAGUUAUUCUUAAAACUCUCUGAAGAGCUCAAUAAAAAUACAGUAGAUUCUUUGUAA